AUGGCAGCAAUGGAGACCAAAGAAGCCACUCUCAUAAUUGAACUCCUCAACGGAUCAGACUGCAAAUUACAGGACUGUAUUCUGACAUUUCGGCUAUCCAGACGGAUCGUACAGGUGGGAAAUGAAAGAGUAUCGCUGACUUCUCGACAAGCUUCCUCAGAAGAAUUAACAAAUAGGAUUAGUGGGGAAGAAAAAUCUCCCAAAGAGCUAUCUGCUAAGCCGCAUGAGGAGACGUCAGCUCAAAGCUACAUGAUCGCAUCCCUCUAUGCAGAUUCUGGAGCUCGCAAGGAUUAUUUACCAAAUGGAUAUACAACUUUUUUGGACGCCAGUGAAGUUUCGAAUCACUUGUUGCUGCCAGUUAAAGGGAAAACUGUGAGUUACGUGUCUAGUGAAGGGAAAACGGCUAUUUCUAGACGGAAAAGAGACCUCCUGUUUCCCAAUGGAGUUAAACUUUGCUCCCAUGAGACGGUGCAACAGGCAAUACAGAAUCAUCUCAACUACUUUCACCUGCGAGUGUGCCAGGAAACAGUUUGGGAGGCUUUCAAAAUCUUCUGGGAUCGCUUACCUGAGAAAGAAGAGUAUCAGAUCUGGAUGAGGAAAUGUCAAAACAGUAGUGUUAGCGUGUUUGAUAUUGGCCGGAGCUUUAGCCAGUCAGCCGAGCACCUUACUCUGAUUUCAAGUAGGGUAGGAGUGGCUUCGGUGACAUCAUCAAGUGCGGCCACCAGCCCAUGGCAACCUGAAUGCAGACAUCAGACAAUGAAUACUACGCCAACACAAGCAAACGUGGCCACAACCCAACAAGGCGGUAUUUUGGCUCCUAAGGCAGUAAUAGACUCACAUGACAUCGCACCGCAGUCAACUACAGACCAACUCUUAAUCACCACUAUAAGUCCAGAGGUUCAGAUGACAACUGGAAUCACUCCUGAGCCUGAUCUCAUCACGGCCUUUGAGGACUUGACAGGGAUAAGCACUAGUUCACCUAAAGAACUUACAAGGGUGGCCACUGUGAAACCUACUUCAGAAGCAGAACUGGAGGUAAAACUGGAUGCUACUGACAGUCCCAUCAAAAUAUUAAAUUUUACCAUUCAACAAGAAGAUGCUGAAAUAGUGUUAGAGUCUAAAUUAAUGACAACUGAGAGAACUCACGAGAAGUCUACUUCAAGAACGUAUGAUUUUGAGAAUCCCACGACCUUCGAGGACUUGCUAGGAAUAACAACUUCUCCAACAGUAGUCGCCAGUAAUGAGGCUGAUGUUGUCUCAGAGUCUACAUUAUUGACCACUGAUAGAACUCUAGAAGAUUAUACUUCAGAAAAAGAGGCUACACCUCCACUAAGCACCAAUACUCCUAUGGUAAUCAUCAGCGAAUUCACUGAAGAGCUUCAUUCAGAAUCAGAACUGGGGAUAGGACAGGAUGCUACUCAGGAUCUGGUUAAGACAACAGGCGUUACAAUUCAACAUGAAAAGGUUGACAUUGCCUCUGAGUCUACAUUUAUAACCACUGAUAGAACUCCAGAAGAUUCUACUUCAGGAAAAUAUGAGUAUGUUAUUCCCACAUCCUUUGAAGACUCAAUAGGGAUCAUCGCUAUUUCGCCUACUGAGCUCACAAAUGACACCCCUGUGAAACAAGACGUUUCUGAGGGUCCUGUUAAAACGGCAGAUGUCACCAUUCCACAUGAAGAGUUUGACAUUGUCUCAGAGUCUACUCCAUUGACCACCGAUAGAAAUCCAGAUUAUUCUGCUUCAGGAAAAUAUAACUAUGAUAUUCCCACAUCUUUUAAGGACUCGCUAGGGCCAAGUACCAUAACUCCUACAGAAAUAACUAGUGAAUCCACUGAAAAUAUUAUUUCUUUAACUAAAUUGGACACGGGGCAUGGUGCUACUAAAGAUCCUGUUAGAUCAGUAGAUGCUACAAUUCAAUAUGCAGAAACUGAUGUUGUGUCAGAGACUACAUUGUUGCCCACUGGUAGAACUCCAGUAGUUUCCACCUCGAGAAAGUACGAGACAGGUCUUCCCACAAUCCUUAAGGACUUGCCAGGAAUAGGUACUAAUGCUUCAGAAGUAGACACCAGCGAAUCUACUGAAAAUUUUAUUUCAAAUAUUGAGGAUGAUGUUGGUUGGGGUGUUACUGAAAGUCCAGUUAAUUCAGCACUUGUUACCAUUCAGCAUGUAGAUGUAGACGUCUCAGAAGAUACAAUUAUGUCUCCUGACAGACCUCUGGUAGAUUCUCCUACAGAAAUAUCUCCUGUUCAGAAUGUCUCACCUGAGGAACCAGUGCAGACAACUCCUACAAAACUCAAAGAGGUUUUGCCUAAUCCCCCCACAGAAGGGUUUCCAAAAGCUCAGACAGAUAAGGAUGUUGUCGAAAUCACAUAUAUGACCACAGUGCCAGAAAUUCUGUCACCCACUACUCCUGUAAAUACCUCACCUGAUGCUGUAUCAACGGAGGAUGGAUCCAAAGACAUUGAAACUGUUACAUUACAUGGCAAAGAUGUGGAGGAAGAGACACCCUACACUAAACCUACACCAGAGAUGACAACAAAUGAAGAACUACUGGGUACCAUGACAGAGAGCACUCAUGAAGUGUUUAAGGAAUCACAUGAGCCUAUCAAUGUCUUAACUGAGUUUGAAGAGAAUCAUUCAGGUAAGGAAGAGGGCAUUAUAACUGAGUCCCCAGAAGCUGCUGAGGUCACAGCUGGAGAGACAUCUAGAUUUACACAGGAAACUGCAGGAGGUACUGAAUCUGUGUUUACUGAGAAAGACAUGCAUGUUGAUGAGGACUUAACUAUCACUGUGAAACCUGGUGAGAUGACAACAGAGGCAACACAAGUUGCUGGGGUUGAAUUUGAAGACAUUGGCUCAGACAAAGUAACAGUUCUUGAAAACACACUUGAAGAUUUUGUUGGAGGAACAAGUGAAGCUACCGCUGAAUUAAGUGAUGUAACUGAAGCUUUCAUCUUAGAAGAAUCAUCUGUGGAAAGUUCUGAAGAAAGUUAUACUAGGAGAACAGAAACUACUAAGACCACAAGUCAGACCACAACUGGAAUCACACCAGAGACCAUGCUUGAUACUUCUUUUAACAUUGGUACCUCUGAAACUGACAUUCUAGAGUUUGUAACUAAAGGCAUGGAAGACAAGCUAGAAGAUACAACUAAAAUGGAUGAAGGGGAUGAGGAAACACUUUUGGAAGUUUUUGAAGGCACAAUGCCAGAUCUUACUAUUAAUGGGAUGGAAAAAGACAUGUUGACAACUGCCAUAAAGAAGGACAUACUUGAAGUUACAGAGCCACCCAAAAUUCCAAAGGACACACAUACAAUUGCAGUGGAAAUCACACAUGAAGUCACAGAUGGACAUGAGACCAGAGACUCCUUACCUGAGACUCCUGAAGUUGCAACAGAGACACCUAAAGUCAUUACAGAAGGUGAUGUCAUAACAGAGACAACUCAUGUCAUAUCUCAAGCACCCAAAGUUAUACUGAAGACAAGUGGAGCCAUCUCAGAGACAUAUGACGUCACAUCUCAGACACCUUUGUCAAUAUCUGAACUUUCAAAGGUACCUGAGAAAUUACCUGAAACGCCUGAUAUACACGUGGUCCAUCCAGAACCUUCAGAGGACGAUAUCCCAACACCUAUCUUGAAAGUGGAGGAUAUCACAGUUGUACUAAAUGACUUGACAACCACUAUACAAAAGACUUACCACUCUACCACAUUACAAAACUUGCCACAGGACAUUUCUAAUGAUAUUUUAGAUGAAAGCAGCAAGAUUGGAAAUGAAGUUGAUGACAUUAUAGUCCGACCAGCACGUCCUGUCGGUGAUCAUAUUGUGGAGUUGAGUAUUAAGAUAAGAGGUGAAAGCUAUGAUGAUGCUCUGAGAGAUCCAUCAAGUUACUACUAUCAGUAUCUAUCAGAACUGUUCAUCGAUAAGCCUUAUUAUUUAUUUAUUUAUUUAUUUUUACUGCAAAGAGUCAUUGUUUUCUUUGCAUUCCUCAGUGGCCUGGCAGUGGUGGUGCACUAUGCUGUGGUCCUUGAGGGCGAUGGCGUGGGCAUAAGUAAUGAGACCAUGGAUUACAUAAACCUACAUUCCAACAUGGUUGAGAACUCCUUCCCAGAUCCCGAUGAGCUACCUACUGUUGUCUACACCAUCACUGACUUCCGAAACUACAUCAGUGAAGCCCUCCACAGGGAGAAUUUCAUCAGAAACACCACUCUGGAAGUGGACCCUGAUUCUUUACAACUGGAAAAUGUGGAGACAUUGCUGCCUUCCAAACCAACCAGCAGACCACUUGACUCCAGUGACAUGAUGGAUAAUGUUCUUGCUUCUGAGAAACCACCAGACGUUACCAGGCAGGAAUUAUCCAACAAUGACAUCUUCAUUACAAAUCAUGACUUCCUCGACCACAUUCCCAUGACAGAUCCAUGGAUGGAAGGACAGAGUGAGGACACAAAUGAUGUAAUAAUCUUUGAGGAAAGUCCCACUCUGUCUCACACAGAUGUAUCUUUGAAGAACUUUGACAUUGACCUUACCUCUAAAGUUGAGACAUCAAGCAGUGCACCUGCUCCUGGUAUAGAGAACGAUGGUAUUAUUGAAGAGGAGGGCUUUUUACAGACUGCAACUACAGUCAGUCCUAUCACAGGCAUGAUAGCUGUAGUUGCCUUACCUACAGAAUCACUUCACAAGUUGGAAGAGACCUCAGUUUCUCCAGUGGACCCUCCUGAUGUAGAGUUGACUACUCAGAGUGACUUGAUAGACCUGGGUUCAGGCUCAGGUUUCUCUGGAGACCAUAUAGGUCCUGACUUUUGGCCUUGGGAGUCAGGAACACCAGAAGAAAUCUUGAAGGAAAGUGAGGUACACCAACCUCAGGAUGAUCAGGAAUCUAUAGUGGAACAGCUUGAGCAUCCCCACCAAGAUCUGACACCCGAGGAGCCAUUCUUGGACAGGGUUCUUGUGACACAAGACAUAAGUACUAAUCCUCACUACACAACAACUGACCAAGCUCCAGUUUUUUGGACUAUGGAGACAUUGACUGUGGAGCUUUCUAUGCAGACCCAAGUAGCUCCUGAACAAUAUGAUGACUAUUUUCCAGAUGAAUCUACCACUAUGGUUACACAUGUGACCAGUCAACCCUUACUUCAUGUCUAUAAUUCAGCAGAAACCCAAGAUGUGGAUGCAUCAAAACGUCCUGAUACAAUCAGUUCAUCUGUUGAUAAGGACUAUACAGAACGACUUGUUACACCCACUGUGAUCCCACCAAGCACAGCAGUGGACAUGGAUGACCAAACUACUUCAUCAGAAAACAAGCAGAGUCAGGGAACACAGGACUCCACAACAAAGUCAAAUGAGAUGCCUUCAACCACCCAAUUACCUGUAACCCUAGAAAUUGAUACAGUUUCUUUGGAAGGUCCUACCACUUAUUCAGAAGCUGUUGAGCAUUCUGUAACCCAAGUUAUCACAGAGUUACCUGCACUCUUAUUGUCAGAGGCAGAAGGGUCAGAUGAAGAAGUUAAUAUUCUAGAUGAGGAAAUGGAAGGCAUCAAGCUUAUACCCACAGAAAGCCAAGUAACUGAACUUUCAGAAGAGGAUUUAGCUGGGGAUGAGAUAUUGGUCGCAACAACAGACCCAACAAUAGCUACUGAGGAACCGAGUUUAAAUCAUUCAACUUCCCUGUUUCCCGAGAAGGACUCUCCGUUCACUCGGAUAUCACAUUCAUCAAUAGAAGAUGAACCAUUGCCAGAAUCAACCACAGAACCUCUACCUGCCCAAUCAUCUACUCAUUCGACGACAGCAGAGACUCCAACUGAUGUGAUACACACUGAUAUAGCAACUGUUGCAAAGGAGCCUGUUUUAUCAGAGAAUGCUGAAGAUGGAGUCUCAACUAUAAUAUUUCAGUCAUCCACAAUGCCUGUCAUUCCAGAUGUUUCAGAUCAUUCAGAGUCCCUUAGUUCCACUACUGUACCAUCAUUUUAUCAGCCAACAUUCAAAUCUACCAAUCAGAUAAUUUCAGAUGACUCUGUACAAGAGCACACAGUAGGAUCAAGCCCUGACAUCACAGGCCUCAUCCUACCUAGCAAACCAGUGAACUCUGACAGUACCACUUUAAAAGUUCCUGUUCCAGUAAAUCCCAGCAUAACAGAGUUUGAUGUAUCAUUUGAUAUAUUCCCAUUUGAUGGGCCAAACCAUGAUGAAGACAACGGUAGCGGAUUUGCUCGUGGGGCUGACUUGGCAAGUAUUGCCUUGCCAGCCAGUCCUGGAAGGGCAUUGAUAGUGUUUUUCAGCCUCAGGGUCACCAACAUGAUGUUUUCUGAAGAUCUGUUCAACAAGAGCUCUACUGAAUACAAGGCUCUUGAGCAGCGAUUUAUGGAGCUGCUCGUACCAUAUCUGCAGUCCAACCUCAGCAAUUUCCAGAAUUUAGAGAUCUUGAACUUCAGGAAUGGAAGCAUUGUGGUAAACAGCAGGAUGAAGUUUGGCAAGCCAGUUCCCCAUGGUGUAACAACAGCAGUGUACCUUAUCCUAGAAGACUUCUGCAAUACUGCUUACCAAACUAUGAAUCUUGCAAUAGACAAGUACUCAUUGGAUGUUGAAUCAGGUGACCAGGCUGAUCCAUGUAAGUUCCAAGCAUGCAAUGAGUUCUCCCAGUGUUUAGUCAACCGCUGGACAGGCGAGGCAGAGUGCGUUUGUAACGCUGGCUAUUUUAGCGUGGACGGGCUUCCUUGUCAGAGUAUCUGCGACAUACAGGAAGACUUCUGCCAGAACGAUGGGAAAUGUGACAUCAUACCUGGCAAGGGUGCCAUAUGCAGGUGUCGAGUUGGUGAAAACUGGUGGUAUCGAGGCGAACACUGUGAGGAGUAUGUGUCAGAACCGCUGGUGGUCGGCAUCGCCAUCGCCUCAGUCGCAGGGUUCCUCCUUGUGGCGUCGGGCAUGAUCUUUUUCCUGGCCAGAACUCUGCGAGACCAGUAUGACACGGAUGAUUCAGAAGACCCUUUACGAUAUUCAGAGAACAUGCCAUCUCUAGAAAGAGCCACUAAGUACAAUCCCAUGUUUGAAAGUGAAGCUAAUACAGGGUAUAAUAAAUACUACCGCCGUUACCCAGAUGCCCCUGCGUACAGCACUGCCAGCGCUGAGGCCUCCACGGACUUCAGCAGCGAGGAAAUACGACACAUUUAUGAGAACAGUGAACUUACGAAAGAGGAAAUCCAGGACCGCAUUCGCAUUAUCGAGCUGUAUGCCAAGGACCGCCAGUUUGCAAAUUUUGUCCGACAGCACCAAGUGGCACUUGACAAUAGACAAGAGAGCUCUUCCAAUUAGUGAUGCAACCCACAAAACCAAAGACACAUGCCUUUUUUUCUUGAAUGCAAUCAGAGGUCCUCUUCUGCCAUGGUGGACUAUGCUGGGAGAUAGUUUGUGGAGAUGAAAAUGGACUUUUGAUUUUAUGUGCUUAUGGAUGAGUGUGCAACCAUCACGAUGAUGGAUUGACAGAUAGUGAUCUGAUGUAGAAAAAAUAUGUAUUUGUGAUUAUGUUUACUAUUGUUACUGAUGGCCUGAAUUGUUACUGCAUUGUCAAGGCCAUAUUCAUAAACAAUUGUAAGUGAUACCUAUCCGUAUCAACUGAACAUACCAGAUAACGCAACUAUAUAUACAGGCUUCAUGUUGGUUCUUCUAUUUUUUUUUUUUUUUUUGGAAAACCUAUAUUUCUUUCUUAUGGUUUUGAAUUUGUCAGUGCCUUCACUUUGAUUGUUACUUUUCGUUUUUUUAUUUGCGAAGCGAGACAUAAUUUCUUGUGACGUAAAAUACGGACUGACUGAAGAGAGAACGUUUGACAAUAGUUUUACUAUUUUAAUGAAUACAGAGAAGAGUAGUUCUAUAUCUAUAUUUACAACUUUAGUGUUUAGCCCUCAUGACUUUUUUGUUGUUGUUGUUAAAACAGCUUAUUGACUAAGAAUUUUCCUUAUACAAAAUAUAUAUGAUUUUAAAUUUUCAAUGUUUCUUUUAGUAAUGUGUUUUGUGUUUAGUGACUGUCCUGAAGUUAAUUUUUUCUACUUUUGUAAAACACUUGCCACACACAAGUUAUUUGAUCCAAAGUUAAUGUCCACUAUCAUUACAGAUUGUAUUUAUGUAUAUUUUUAAUAUUGUUGAUUUCCACGAUGAUUUUCAUCGUCGUCACAGCACAAGUUCUAUUUUACGAAUAAAGAAUAGUGCACAA